AUGCUGAUUCAAGGUUGGGCCCGUCAGGGAAACCUACCCAACGCGCGGGCGUGGUUCGAGCGGAUGGUGGCGGAUGGGUACGCGCCCGGAGCGGGCUGCUACACCUCCCUGAUUUCGGAGUACUGCAAAUCAGGCCACCUCAGGCCGGCGGAGAGCUUGCUGGCCGAGCUCCUUCGCAAAGGCUGCCUUGGGAAGACCAAAACGGUGGCGUACACCAUGCUGAUUGAUGCCCAUGGCAAGCUGGGCAACGUCUGGGAGGCUGAGAGGCUGAUGCACUCGAUGAUGGAGAGCCGCGUCGAGGCGUCGUUGGUGGCUCAUCUGAUUGGGGUCGCGUUGGCGGUUUGGAUUUGA